GGCCCAGGAAAGAGUGUCGCCGGCUUUGAACAGUUUAAAUGCAGAGUAUGGCCUCGUUGCUUAGAGAUUCACUACACCGGACCCGCUGCAGCGUUUGACCAGACUCAGUGUUACAAUGUCCAGUGAAAGUCCCCGUUCAAAGGAGGUUCAAGUGGAAGUCCGGAUUGGAGCAAUGCCGGGUUUGCAGAUUCGAACGAAGGAAAAACUUCAUGCUGCGUUCGAGAAGAUCGACGAGAAUCCCACGAACGAUCCAGUGACUUUCUGCUACGACGAAACAAAUAUCCGGCCCGAUAUCUUGAUUGUACUAUCGGCGGAGCUCUCCCGGAGGGUACUAAACAACUACAAAGGAGUUUUUCUUCCCGGAAUCAAACUCCCGGACAAGGCGGAGACAAAUUUUUUAGCAAAGCACAAUGCCGCCGAAUGCACCGUUUGUCCCGGGACGGAUUUUUGUGACCAUGUCGGUUUCUGGUCCCAAAUACCGCGUCUGAAGGUAUCAGAGGUAACAGGCAACGCCGAACGAACUCGUCAGAACAUUGAGGAUAAACAAAGGAUGGAGUUCAUAGAAAAGGACGUCGCGUUUACGUUUCACACUAGCGAAGGGUCCCGCACAUACAUUCGUACGCAUGCAUGGUUCUACAUUCUGACUGAUGUCCAUAACCGUAUCUUCGCAUUCACAAACGUUUCCACCACUACCGUACCGGAAACUCCUACUGGAUGGUUGAGAGCCUCUCUCGAGGAGAUCUGCGACGGAUGGGAGGACGUUAUCGCAGAAUGUGAACAACAGGUCGCCUUCGCAAGCAAACAGAUAGUCCCCGGAGAGCCCGAAGGGCCGGAAGAGAGGUCUGCAAUUUCACGUGUAGGAGCGAUGUUAGGCCACUCUGGUAGCCAAUCACGUACACGGGAGAGUUUACCGGCACAGUUUUUGCGGUCCUUGACCAAAGUAGCCGAUAUUUCCGGUCGUCUGGACGCCGCACAUAGGGAACAACAACGAGGAGUGGCCAUGAUGAUCAAGGCUGGCGGUCACCGAUGGCCAACACGUCGCGCGCAAAAUAACAGAACUGCACCCAUUCAUCAUCCAUCUCUUGGGCAAUCCGGGGGGAGAACGACUGGAUUGCAACCAACCAUCGGCAAUGACACUGAAUUGGAAGAAGUUCUACAACGUUUCAAGAUUGUGUUUGACGGCAGUGGGUUGGUUAAGAAGGUCGAUGAUCUUUUUCAAAGGGCUACGAAUAUCAUGUCCAUCGACGAAGCGCAUAAGGCUCGGGAGCAGGGGGCGAGCAUGCGGAGGCUGUCCUGGGUAACAUUUAUAUUUUUACCCCUCCUCUUCGUGGCGAGUUUAUACGGUAUGAAUGUGGGUAUUCCGAUACACCCCCUCACCCCCUCCGAACAACAUUGCUAACCUGUAGAUUAGGUGGAUGCUACCGAAAACAACCCAACAUGGACGACCUUCUUCUACAUCGCCGUACCAGUUUUUACCGUCGUUAUGUUGAGUGUGUUGAUACUUAAGUUCCGCAAGGGGCUCCGGAGUUUCUUACCCAACCCAGCAAUCCGCACGAAACGCAACCAGAAUAACGGCGGCGACAUAGAGAAUCA